AUGGAGCCUUCGAAUGCUGUAUCCCUGGCUUCAUCCAUCAUACAAACUGUCGAGUACUCGGCCAAAGUGGUACACAAGGGUAAAGUGGGCGGUCUACACGGAUCUGAUGCCAACGCCUUGAAAGAACCUACACUGCUCGAUGACGCGAUAGCUAACCUCGCCGACUUAUCACAACAACUCAGGAAGACACAGCAUGUAGUCCGAAAUUCCAAUACCACUCCUGAUCAACACAACACAGCGGAUGCGCAACUUAUCGCAUGUGCGAAAGAUGGUGCGGGAGUGGCGAAGAUUUUACAAGCCACACUGGAUCAAGCGAAGCGCAACCACGACGUGGAUGAACAAACUGUACUUGAUCAUGGACUACGCAGCGUCUUGUGUUUGUAUUAUAACCAGAAGACGAUUUCAGCUUUUUUAGACACGCUCAAUUCUGUUCGUAAGCAAGUAGAUAUCGCUCUUCUCGCCUCACUCAAAAAAUCCAUUUCACAGCUUAAUCAAGCUCAUCUGGAAAAGGGAUGGCUUUCCGGGGACAAAGCGGCCAACGCCCGUGUGCAGUUACUUUACGCCGUCAACCAUCACAAUUGGAAGCCCACGGAAACGGCCGACAUUUCAUCGUUUUCAGACGCUUUGAAAGACGCCGUUGUAAGCGACGACAUAGAAAGUCGCUUUGCGAGCAUGAUUUUGGCACACUUACGUUUCACUGGCUUGCCCGAUCGCUUGAAGGCAAUCCCGUGUACACACCCCGGAACUUUUCAAUGGACGUUCGACGGAAGCUACGAACGGACUGAUUCUCGUGAUUACGAAUCCUUCCCUCGGUGGCUCGCUGCAGUCGAUGGUAGCAACCUGUAUUGGGUUUCUGGCGAGCCCGGUGCUGGGAAGAGUACGCUGAUGAAGUUCCUAUCCAGUCACCGUCGGACUGCUGCCCAAUUACAAACUUGGGCCAAGGCAAAACCAGUCGUCAAGGGAAGAUUCUUCUCCUCAAGUCUGGGAAACAACAUGCAAAAGUCGCGAUUGGGCCUUCUACAGACUUUGCUUUAUUGCGCACUCAAACGUGACAGGAAGACCUUACUACAGGUUUUCCACCAUCGCUGGCAGCAAUUUCGGACUUUUGGCGGGGGUCGACAACCUUUUACAUGGAACGAGCUACGCUAUGCCUUCAUCAUGAUGGUUUCAACCCCUCUAACGCCGAGGUCAUUUUUCUUCGCGAUCGAUGGCCUAGACGAACUUGACGGAGACCCGAAAAAACUUGUGCAAUUUCUCACGGACGUGGCUAAGUUUCCGCAAAUCAAACUUUGCGUAGCUAGUCGGCCAACACCAGAGUUCCUUCGCAUUUUCAAAGGCGAGCCUUGUCUUCGCCUCGAACGCUGCAAUCGCCAAGACAUCCACAAUUACAUCAGACCCGGAUCUGCUACCAAUAUCAUCAAAAAUAUAGCCAAGAAGGCAGCCGGCAUCUUUCUCUGGGCAUAUGUCGUGGUAAAUGUUCUGCUUGAUGGACUGGUGACAACAGCCCGCAUUCACGACCUUGUCGCUCAACUGGAGUCCCUCCCGUCUGGAUUGGAGCAACUCUUCACGAAACUCAUUGGUAGUCUGAAUAUACGGCACCUGAGGCACGCCUGCCAACUCUUCCGUCUGUUUGCCGUGAAAACACGACCAAUGUUAUUGGAGCUCUGGUUUGCAGACUGUGAAAAUGAUGAUCCGGCACUGAGGAGCGACGCCAGACCGCUGGCAAGAUCUGAGAUCUUGGUGCGUCUCGGAACUAUGAAACGUCAGCUAAACUCUCGAUGUCGAGGUCUACUAGAAGUGGAAAGCUCGCACAAGGGCUCCAGCGCCGUGCUGUCAGAAGCAUCUCAUGUCACCUGGACACAUAGCAUUGCGCGCGACUUCGUCCGAUCUCAGCGAGUCUGGAACAUCGUGCUCGAUAAUACCGGACACGACGCUUUCGAUCCGCAAUGGCACUGGGCCAACGGCCAACUCGGCCUAUUCAAGACACUCGCUGGUACCAUUAGUACCAAGACCUCCCACUUCGCCUCCUGCAUCGAAUAUGCAUUAAGACUAGAACACCGUCUCCAGAUUUGUCCAAUCAAAUUUCUGGAUGAAUUAGGACGUACUGCAGCCAUAUACUCGACGGUGUACGGUGAACUCAUACCCCGCAAGCUAAAUAUCAGCGUCGAAAACUUUCUUGAUUUUGCUGUGUUGUUCAACCUCACCAGCUAUGUUCGUACCAAAGGUGUCACGCUACCAAGAGAAGAUUUGGUACGUAGUUGUCGCUUACUAGGCUUGCUGGAUGUCAAGCAAUGGGAGGUAUGUUCAAAACGCUUCGGCGCCCCAGCCGUCUGGAACGCGGAUUUCGAGGAAAUGAAAAGAGAGAUGGAGCGUGUAAUGAAUGGUUUGCUUGAUCGUGGGAGUGACAAAUCGAGAUGGGAGAGGGCCAAGAAGAGACUGUCUAGGCAGAGAAAGACGUAA